AUGCGCAUCUCUUCCCUUUUAAAAUCAUCGCUACUCAUCGCUGGGGCUGUCAUUCCAUGGCGGGUAGCGGCGGGUGAAGGUCCCAGCGAUGUCAUAGACCUUACUUCAGCCAACUUUGGCGCUGAGACGCAGAAGGCUGGCCUUUUACUGGUCGAGUUCUUUGCGCCGUGGUGUGGCCAUUGUAAAGCGCUCGCUCCUCACUAUGAGGAAGCUGCAACGGCUUUAAAGGAGAAGAACAUCACGUUGGCGAAGGUCGAUUGCGUUGAUCAGGCGGACCUUUGCUCAGAAAAUGAUAUACAAGGUUACCCAACGCUGAAGAUCUACAGAAAGGGGAAACCGACAGAAUAUGGAGGGCCUCGCCAAGCUGAUGGCAUCAUCAGUUACAUGACCAAACAAUCUCUCCCGGCCAUCUCGACUGUUGCCUCUGAGAAUCUCGAAGAAUUCAAGGUCGCUGAUAAGGUCGUUGUGCUUGCGUAUGCUACUUCUACCGAAGAAGCCCCCAUUCCUGCCUUCUCUUCCGUUGCUGAGACCUACCGUGACGAUUACCUGUUCGGUUUAACAACCGAUGAGGCGGCCAUCAAAGCGGCUGGCGUCACCCCACCUGCUAUCGUUCUUUACAAAAAGUUCGAUGAGGGUCGCAACGACUUCCCUUCCGAGAAAAUUGCUUCUGCCGACGUCGCUUCUCUAGCCGACUGGAUCAGAUCCAAUGCUAUUCCUCUCAUUGACGAGAUAUCUGGAGAAAACUACAACCUUUAUGCAACAUCUGGCCUCCCACUUGCUUAUAUCUUCAUUGAACCAACCGACCCUAAGCGGGAAGAGCUGAUUAAGGAACUCAGCCCCAUUGCCAAAGAACGAAAGGGCGUCGUUAACUUCGUCUGGAUCGAUGCGAUCAAAUUCGUUGAACACGCAAAGUCUCUUGUUCUCACAGAGGCUAAGUGGCCAAGCUUCGUGAUCCAAGACAUCAAAAGUCAGCUCAAGUACCCAUUGGAUCAAUCCACUGAGGUCAAUUUCAAGACCGUCGAUGAAUUUGUCAAGAAUUUUGUUGCUGACAAGUUACAGCCCAAGUUGAAGACCGAGCCUGUUCCCGAGGAGCAAACUGAGAAGUACUAUAAAGUCGUCGGGGAAACCUUUGAGAAGGUUGUUUACGAUGAUGAUAAGGACGUUUUCGUCCAGUUCUCUGCACCAUGGUGCGGACACUGCAAGCGCCUACUGCCCACCUGGGAGACCCUUGCUGAAACCUACGCGGACCGCGCCAAUCAAAUUACCAUCGCCAAGAUGGAUGCCACUGAGAAUGAUCUUCCUCCAGGAACUCCUUUCCACAUAGCUGGCUACCCUACCCUCAAAUUCAAGCCCGCAGGGUCUCGCGAGUUCUUUGACUACGAUGGCGAUCGUUCACUCGAAUCUCUCAUCGAGUUCAUCGAGUCUAAGGCGAAGAAUGACCUGACGAAGCCAGUUGCCAAGACUGCUGAUCCGGCGGACAGCGCUCAACGCCCUGCAGCUACGCUUCAUGAACAACAUCAAGAAUUAUGA